AAAAAAAAAAAAAAAAAAAAAAAAAACAGAAGAGCCUAGUGCGACAGUUAUGCUCCCAAAUCUCGCCUAGACAGCUUCCCCCACAGUCACACUCUUCCCUCGUUCGCCGGUAAUCGAUAACGGUCGCUUCGCCGGUUAAUUACUCUAUCUUUAAAGUUCAGCGGAAGGCUUCUCAUUGUUCUCAUAAUCCACUGGAUCGCUUCUCAGUCUAUCUCUGUAACCCCACCUGUUUCUCUUUUCAAAACGUUUGCCGAGGUUUAUGGUGAUAAACAGGCAUAAAGUGAACAUAGGGUUUUGGGAUAGUGAGGCUUGAAGAAUUAAGAUGUGAAAUAAUUUUUGAAUUUUGAUUUCAAUUAUGGUAGCUGCGGUUUCUACUACGAUAAACCCCAAAACGACAUCGACAGUCGCAGCAGCAACUCAAAACCACAACCCAACCAGGCCCCCUUUGUUACCAUCAGACCCGGACAAUGCUCUCGCUCCUCGCCGCCCCAAAUCCCGAGAAGUUACUUCUCGGUAUAUGUCGUCUUCUUCUUCUUCGUCUUCAACUGCAAAGCGGUCCCCGUCGCCGUUGAUUUCGCGGCCAACGGGUAUGAUGACCCCGAUGUCCUCCACUCCUUCCACAAUCAAACGAGCACAGUCCGUCGAGCGGAAGCGGCCAACUACACCACGUCCUAAUUCCUUUGAUUUGAGGAUUGGGAAUGGUAACGCUGGUGAAGUAUCCAAUGCGCAGAGGAUGUUGAUUACUUCUACGAGAAGUCUGUCGGUGUCGUUUCAGGGAGAGUCCUUCUCGCUUCAAGUGAGUAAAGCAAAGCCAGCGCCCUCUCCGAUAAGUUCAAGGAAAGGAACGCCAGAGAGGAGAAAGGCUACGCCUACGCCAGCUAGAGUAGCAGAUCAGGUGGAGAAUUCAAGGCCGGUGGAGCAUCAACGAUGGCCUGCGAGAUUGCGACAGCCGAAUUCUCUGACUAGGAGUAUGGAUUGCACUGAUGACAGGAAGAGAUUAAUUGGAUCUGGAGUGAAUAUGAACGUUGUCAGGGCAUUGCAGAGCUCCUUGGUAGAUAACAGGUCUUCAAUUGAGAGCAGAUUGAGCUCUGAUUCAAGCAAUAUUGAUUCGGAGACGCCGGUUGAGGUCAAUGGAUCCAAUGGACAUUGCGAUCCUCCUGCAACUUCUGAUACUGAGAGUGUGUCAUCCGGUGGUACUUCUGAGGGUACUGGUAAUGCUGCUGGACAAGCACAGCGUGGACCACGUGGCAUAAUGGUGCCGGCGCGAUUCUGGCAAGAGACAAAUAACAGACUCCGCCGCCAGCCGGAGCCUGGCUCUCCAGUCUCCAAGACGGCUGGAUUGAAAGGAACUGCACCGCCUAAACUUACCGCAUCCAAGAAGCUUAUUGAUAAUCCAACAUCAUCUCCAAAAGGAGUUGUGAAUAGUAGAGGACAGUUGUCUCCUAUUCGUGGGGGAGCAUUACGGCCUGCAUCUCCUAGUAAGCUUGGUACAAUGUCGGCUACACUGUCCCCAAUGAGGGGAGUGAGCCCAUCAAGGAUGAGGAAUAACGGGGGAGCUGUGGUUAGUAGCAAUUUAAGCAAUUUGAAUAAUACACCUUCAAUUUUGAGCUUUGCGGCGGAUAUUCGAAGAAGUAAGAGUGGGGAGCAUAGGAUCCUAGAGGUUCAUUUGUUGAGGAUUUUAUAUAAUCGCUUGUUGCAAUGGCGUUUUGUCAAUGCCAGAGCUGAUACUACCUUGUCAGCCCAGAGGCUUAAUGCAGAGAGAAGUCUGUAUGAUGCACGUAUAACAACCUCAAGACUGCGGGAAUCUGUCAAAGCAAAAAGAAUUGAGUUACAAUGUCUGAGGCAGAAUCUGAAGCUAAUUUCCAUUCUCAAAGGACAGAUGUUAUAUUUGGAAGAAUUUGCUCUUUUGGACCAUGAUUUUUCCCGCUCUUUAUCUGGGGCUAUUGAAGCUUUGCGGGCUAGCAUACUUCGCCUACCUGUUGUUGGUGGGGCAAGGGCAGAUGUCCAAAAUGUGAAGGAUGCUAUCUGUUCAGCUGUUGAUGUGAUGCAGGCAAUGGCAUCAUCAAUAUGCUUAUUGUUAUCAAAGGUUGGGGAAGUAAACUCUCUGGUGGCUGAACUCGCUAAUGUGGCUACGAAGGAGCGUGCUUUGCUUGAUCAGUGCAGAGACCUCUUGUCAAUCACUGCUGCUAUGGAGGUGAAGGAAUCUAGCCUCAGAACACAUUUUAUACAACUAAAACGUUUACCUUCCAGCCUAACAACAAAAGUGUAAAGCUUACAUCACUUGACUGCCACCCUAAAUGCUAACAUGAAACCAGACCUUUUUUCCUCGGAUUCAAGGAGCCAGACACAACAAUAAGAGAACUAUAUCAAAUAGUUUUGAUUGCUUGUAAAAGCAGAAGAUUGCUCUUUUGGCUUGUUGGGUAAGAAAAAGAUGGCUUUAUUAUAUAUUAUUAUGCAUAGAUGGGAUGAAGAGUUGUCACUCUCAAUAUUCAGAUUAGAUUGUACAGAAAUGCUUUCUCUGUAGGGCAGAGGAAAAUAUAUGUAAAUAUGUUGUAAUGAUGUUUCCAAUUUUUUUUUUUUUUUUCAUUCAAUAGUGUUCUUGAUCAAGUUCUCGUUUGCUGACGUUUUGUUUGUGCGUUUAUUUACUACUCGUGCAUUAGGUGUCUUAGUCCAGUGAAUUAAUUUGCGACACGAUUUCUAUAUGUAUAAAUAAAAUCAAUGUAUUCUGUCACCAUCUGCAACUUGUUUACCCCAUUAAAUAAUGGGGAAAGGUUGAAA